AAACAAGUAAACACUAGUAAACAAAUUUUUUUAAAAAAAAAGUCAAAAUAAACGCCCACAUUUCGCAAUUUCCAAACCCCAAGCCACCGCCACCAAAGGAAAGCAAAAGGACUCUGAUCUGACGAUGUUCCGCCAAACGUCACGCCUGUUGGCUCGAACCACCGGGGCCGCCACAUCGAGGAGGAGUCGAGCUUUCUCCACAGACGUACCAGCCACACCCGCACAAGAUUCAAACUUCAUCGAAUCAUGGAAGAAAGUGAUACCCAACAUAGAUCCUCCCAAGACUCCAUCUUCCUUCAUGACCCCUCGCCCCGCAACCCCUGCUUCUAUCCCUUCGAAAAUCACUGUCAACUUCGUGCUUCCUUAUGCAUCUGAGCUCUCCGCAAAAGAGGUUGACAUGGUAAUAGUUCCAGCAACAACUGGACAGAUGGGUGUUUUGCCUGGACAUGUACCUACAAUUGCUGAACUGAAACCUGGGGUCUUGUCAGUGCAUGAAGGAAAUGAUGUAACAAAAUAUUUCCUUAGCAGUGGCUUUGCUCUUAUCCAUGCCAACUCUGUUGCUGAUAUUGUUGCUGUGGAAGCUGUGCCGCUUGAUCACAUUGACCCUGCCUUGGUCCAGAAGGGUCUGGCAGAAUUUACCCAAAAGCUUGGCUCAGCUACAACUGAUUUGGAGAAAGCUGAAGCCCAAAUAGGUGUUGAUGUUCACAGUGCAAUGAACUCUGCAAUUACAGGCUAAUUGUUUUCUUAAUCAAUUCUGCCCAAUCCUCAGGCUUUCUCAUAAUGCUUUCCAUUUUGUUCGUCGUCAACUUUUUGAAUGUCUUCAAGAUCAACAAACGACUGAGAUCUGUCAAGAUACCUACGAUGUUGAUUUUCUGAGUUUGAAAUAAAAUUUUCAGAAACAAGAACCUUGUAAUCGCUCUUUGUUUCCUAUUGAUGCUUUUUAUGCAUUAGAAGUUGGUUUGAUGAUACCAACAUAAUUCUGCUUUGCAUAAUAUUUGGAAAUCAGUUUAUGGUGUUUGGUUUUAGAUCAAAAAUAUAAAUGACUUGUAAACAGUCGAUGUCUUGUAUUGAGCAUGUCCAGAGAUCAGAUGGAAUCCUAUGGUUGCAGCAUUUGAUACUGAAUUGAUACUAGUGACAGCAGAUUUUGGCUAAUUGUUUAUUGGAUGAAUCGCCAGAAGCGUGAGUAACACAAGUGAUCGUGUUCAGCCAGUCUGGUCCUUAAAUUUCAGGUUACGUUUCUAGCACUGUAAGAUAAAUGGGACUGGCAUAUACAGACUUAUCGUUAAGGUCCAUACUCCAAUUGUCGUGCUUUUAGGUUGCAUUUGAUCUACUAGAUAAUGAAUAAUAUGAAAUGGGGUAAGACAAUGUUGACAAGUGAGUUGCCUUCAUUAGAAUCACUUACAUCUCAUCCUAUGUUCAUCUUAUUAUCUCAAUUUAAUCAUUUUUGUUCCUAUGUA